CGCAACCACUGAAGGACUGGAAUUCGUUCUCGACACCAUCCAUGAUCAUUUUCGCGCGACAUCCUCCUUUUUCAAUCCUGGUUGUAGGUAUUUCGACCUUGGUCCUUUCUGUGACGGCUACCACCACCAUCAAUAAUAUACGGGCUGCACAACACCGUCAUGGGCCCCCUCACCACAGCCUCAAGCGUCAUCAAGAACCUCGCGCCUGUCGCCUGUCAUUGGACGAGAGUCCGGCAGGCGUCACCUCCCACUCCGUCUGAAUGCUGGAAACCGCACAUAUUUCUUUAUCCGCCUUCACAUGUGUUGCAAGGUAGCCACGGCAGAGACAGACCACGGUGGGCCGGCUAGCGGUUGGCCGUUGUGGACUUGCCCCCCUUCCAAAGACAAAGGUAGCCGCCGGUGACCGUGUCCGGAGUUUCCAAAGCCCAUCUCGAGGAUAAGGUAGGUACCUACCAACUGAACCUGUCAGAGCCUGGCUUCCCGUCGCAAAUCGCAGGUGGAAUCACGUUUCCGACGUGACACAUUACGCUGUUCAUUCUACAUCUCAACAGUUUCAUUGAGGGAACUGAGGUGGUCGCGGCAGAGACCCGAGAUCACGGUGAUUACCUGCCGGUGGACGAUGCUGCGCAAUGUGGUACUCCCGAUCGCUUCCACCCCCGUCGAUGGAUUCCAGUGCACAGAUUCCUGAGAGCUCACUGCAGAUGUACCUAGGAUGCUGAGAUGCUGAUAUGGUGCAAUGGAUGGGGGAAAGAGGUACGUAGUGUAGGCAAUUGACGGUGUUCUCUACAUGAGUACAUGACGACGGAGACCACUCGGAGUCGCCACUUUCUGUUCACACAGUAGGUUGGCUUGACUUGAUGCUUGGCCAGCCUGUUUGCUCCAAAAGUGCUUUAUCUGAUCUGCCCCUCCAUCCCUUCAUCUGCCUGGUGUAUAAAACCUGCCCCUCGCCAUUCCAAGGCCAUUGACCUCUUUCCGUCAAGUCAUUCUUAUUCCGUCGAGUGUUUCCGUCAUCUUCACCACUUGCUGCAGAGUACCAUUCAUCAUGGCCUCACCACCUAUACCCAUUCAGUCGUCCGGGCGACGUAGGGGGUCUGCCGCACGUAGGGAGUCUCGGGACUUCCAUGACACCAUCUUCGACACAGUAUCCCUUCUCGGGACCUCGUACCUGUCCACCGCACCAAUCGCCCAAGAGAUCCUCGCCAGGGAUUUAGCAGAGUUGGAGGAUGACGAGCAACAUGAACGAGACGAGGAAUGCCGCUCCGAUGAUGAGGAAGAUGUCGAACCGCCUAUCGAUGUCGGGUCUCUACCCGUUGGUCAUCUCGUCUCACGGCCUGGCGGUGUCGCUUAUGGCACCCUCAGACCCAUCAUCGCCAGCGAAAUGCAAGGUAGUCCGAUUGUUUGCGAGACCGACGUUGUCGAAUCGCGCGCCGCAGAACGCAGUCUUCUUCGCGAUAACCAUUUGCUCCCACCCAAGCAUCCUCGGUCACCCGACGAUCCUCUAUGGAAGAAAAUGUACCGCCGUCUGUUUAGCACCAAGGUCCCUGUCUCAGACAAGGCCUUCGAGGAGACACCGCUCCUUCAGGAGUAUCCUUUGCCGCCAUCGCCAACCAUCAGCGAGGAGAUCAAUCAGUGGGAACGAGCUGUUGCUCAGAACAUGCUCAAGACAACCUGGCAACGUGAGGCCCAGACAAUUACCAAGUACUCGCGAUCACUGAUCGUGACUUUCCUGCUGCACUACUCGGUCACCGUGACCAGUGUCUUUACAGUCGGACGAAUUGGGCGCUUGGAGCUCGGAGCAGUCAGUCUUGCUACCAUGACGGCCAACAUCACAUGUUACGCUCCAGUUCAGGGGCUUUCGACAUGCUUGGAUACGCUCUGCGCCCAGGCAUUUGGUUCUGGUCACAAGAAGCUGGUUGGACUUCAGCUACAGAGAAUGACUUAUCUUUUAUGGCUUCUGCUCCUGCCCAUCGCAACACUAUGGUGGUUCUCGGGUGGUGUCUUGCACCGCAUUAUCCCCGAUCCGGAUACCGCAGCACUGGCCGGCAUGUAUCUUCGAGUCCUCAUUCUUGGAACUCCCGGAGUGGCGGCCUUUGAGAGCGGCAAGCGCUUCGUCCAAGCCCAAGGUCUCUUCCACGCCACCACAUUCGUUCUGCUUAUUGGUGCACCACUGAACGUGCUGGCUAACUGGUUUUUCGUUUGGAGGAUGGGAUGGGGAUUCACGGGUGCCGCAAGCGCUGUCGUUUUUACGCAGAAUCUUUUGCCGUUCCUUCUCUUCCUUUAUGUCCGCUUCAUCCAGGGUAUGGAGUGUUGGAACGGACUGAGUCGACAUGCGUUCAGUAACUGGGGUCCUAUGAUCCGAUUGGCUUUGCCUGGCAUGAUCAUGGUUGAAGCUCAAUACUUUGCUUUUGAAGUUCUCACUCUUGCCGCCAGUCAAUUCGGCAGUGCCCAUCUGGCUGCGCAGAGCGUCCUCGUCACGGUCACAUCGACGACGUUCAACAUUCCUUUCCCACUCUCUAUUGCUGCGUCUACGCGUGUGGCUAACCUCAUUGGCGCCAAACUGAGUGACGCUGCCCGUACCAGUGCCAAAGUGGCACUGUGCUGCGGUAUUGUUGUUGGUCUGUUCAACAUGACACUACUAAGCAGUUUGAGGUUUAAGAUUCCGUAUCUUUUCACCAAGGAUGAAGAAGUGGCUGCUAUCGUGUCCAAGGUCCUACCAAUCUGCGCAGUGUUGCAAUUGGUCGAUGCUCUGGCGGCCAUAUCCCACGGUCUGCUCAGAGGUAUUGGCAGACAAGGAAUUGGCGGUUUCACCAAUCUCUUCUCGUACUACCUGAUUGCCCUGCCCAUUUCGUUCUCGACUGGAUGGGCUCUGGGAUGGCAACUGCAAGGACUCUGGUUUGGAGUUGCAAUUGGUUUGGCCGUGGUAUCCACAGUUGAGCUCUGGUAUCUCCACCAAGCCGAUUGGGAGCACGCGGUCCAAGAAGCCGAAAACCGGCUGAGGUCUGAUGAAGCUUGUCAUCAAAGUCAGCGUAGGGAGUCUAAGUAAUGCCUUGGCUGCGGCUGAGGCUGGUGAGCAUCAAGAUGGCGGAAGUAAAAAUUACCGAAACGAAACGAAGACGAGAAGAACAGAAACAAAGAACGAGGUGUGUGGGUGCGCAAAAGGGAGGUUGCAUUGUCCCGGGUUUGAUGAUUUGCGUACUUUGCAUGAACCACAUAGCCGCCGUGUGGCACAGCUUUGAAAGCAUGAUAUUACGGAGUUUGGUUCUCACGGUGUCCAGUCAACAUGUAUUGCAUCUUAUGUUAGGUUAGUGUAGACGUUCGAGUUGUUGUGAGGAUGGAGUCAUACAGAGAUUUGAAAACAAAAGUCGUUAUCAUUC